CCCGUUGUGGCCUUGUGGGUCCCACUCAUCCAAAGUCCCAUCUCUCCCCCCUCCCAAAUUGAAUCCGCCUCUCCGCUCCGCUCCGCUCCUUCCGCUCGAGCAUCUCUCUCUGGUCUCCGCUCGCCGCGGCUUCACGUGCUCCAAGCUCCCCCCCAUGGCGGGCGCCUCGCUCACCCCAAGCCGAACUGGAGCCCAGAGCAGCCACCGGAAGCGCAAGGUCCCCGCGGCCGCUGCCGCCGCCCCGGCCCGGGAGGACGAGGCGGCUGAGGAGGAGGACAUGGAGGAGCUGGAGCGGGAGGUGGACCGUCUGGGCCGCCGCCUCCUCCAGCACCGCCGCGAAGACGCCGCCCGCCUCCUCAACGCCGCCGCCUCCCGCCUCACCGCCCUCCGCCCCCGCCUCCUCGAAGUUACAACUGCAUCGCAGCAUAUUGCUGGAACACCAGUUGCGAAAGUUGACCAAGAGAAGAAGGAAAAACUAAGGAUCGUCAAGGCCAAAAGUGAGGCGAAUAUUGGGGCUAUGCCCAUGGUGUUGAAGAGAAUCGGUGAAUCUAUCGCAAAGAUCGAGAAGCUUGAGCAUUUGAAUGUGAAUAUCCAUCCCGUUUUCAAAACUAAACGGUAGUGAUGGACUGAUGGUAACAUGUUCUUGUAUGAUUCAUUAUGCAUACCAUCUGUAGCAUUUUGAUGGUAAGUCUUUGUGUUGAUUCAGCAGUAUACCAUUUGUAGCAUUUUGAUGUUGGAAUAGGCUGAUUCAGCAGCAUGUAGUUUGAAAAGGGAUUCAACAGAAGUUUGUAGUGGGAGUUUCUACUAACAAGACAGCUUUAGUUAGGCGUGGCUUGUAAUAUGUUUUCUACUUGUAUUUAAUCAGAAAGCAACAUGUAGCUGUUUGUCACCACUCUUGCUUGUAAGGCUGUUGACAAAAUCCCAACCGACCAUUGUGAUUGUGUGGAAUACUACAACGUUGAAUUUGUAGGAUUUUUUUUUGUGUGA